CCGGAAGCACAGAUGGCCGAGUACCUCAGCGAAACCACGCACGGAUUCCUCACGAUGGCAGACUACAAACUGUUUGCUGUACAGCAGGAUGAUCAGCUUCAGGUGGACUUCCUGCGAGGACUACAGCAAUCGCACGAGGAUCUUGACUUCUGGAAGCUCGAUCGGUUGAUCGGGUCGGAGGCUAGCGUCCUGGUGCCACCGGGACAAGUGAACACCUUCAAGCAGCAGCUCAACACUCAACACAUCCGACACCGAGAGCUUAUCUCUGACUACGAUCGUGUGCAAGAUGACUACAUGCUUAGUGCAAAGCGAUCCUCAAAGACAGACAAUCCGAUCCUGACGAAGUACCUCCGGUACAAUGAGAUGGUCACGUACAUCGAUUCGCUUGCCAAGAAACACCCAGACCUGGUGAGCGUGUCGGAGAUCGGUAAAUCCUUCGAAGGACGUCCAAUUCCUGGCGUCACAAUUCGCUCUCCUCAGAGCUACCGUGCUCAGGCGCACCAGAACGGUUCCCAACCGAUCGUCUUCAUCGACGCUGGAAUUCACGCCCGUGAAUGGGCCGCUCCGGCUAUGGCAAUGUACUUGAUCAGCGAGUUGGUGGAGAAUGCUGCCCAAAAUGCGGACCUGCUGGAAGGUCUCACGUGGGUGAUCGUCCCGAUAGCAAACCCAGACGGGUACGAAUACAGUCACGAACAUGAGAGGCUCUGGCGUAAAACCCGUCGUCCAGCAGGACGUAACUGUUUCGGUAUCGACGGAAACCGCAACUACGACUUCCACUGGGCUGAGGUUGGCUCCUCAAACACACCCUGCUCGGAGACGUUCCACGGAGAACACUCAUUCUCGGAACCGGAAACGCGCGCCAUUCGGGACGAGCUGUUGCGAUUGAAGGGUCGUUGCAAGUUCUACGUGUCACUGCACUCGUACGGCGAGUACCUGCUGUAUCCUUGGGGUUGGACGUCCGAUCUGCCAGUUGGCUGGGAAAAGAUGGACGCCGUUGCCAAGGUUGGAGCACAGGCCAUCGAGGAAGCCACCGGAACGUCGUACUCGGUUGGCAGUUCGACAAAUGUCCUGUACGCGGCCGCAGGAGGUAGCGAUGACUAUGCGUUCGCAGUCGCUGAUGUACCGAUCUCGAUGACGAUGGAGCUGCCAGGAGGUGGAUCGGCUGGAUUUAACCCACCACCGACCCGAAUCGAGGAAAUCGUCAAGGAAACGUUCGUCGGCAUCCGCGCAAUGGCACUCGAGGUGAAGAAAAUCUACUCCUAGACGUGUGACAGCUCGAAUAGGUCCGAUAUACGAAGGGAAUUUUGUCGAUUAGCCAGUAACGCAGCACUGUGUGUGAUGUUUUAUUUAUACACGAUCGAAGCACAGCACGAAUGACGCGUGCCAG